AUGGUUUCGACUCUCUCAGAUCUCAGCGUUGCUGCUGUUGUGAAAUCCUUUGAUUUAAUAUGUGGCAAGACAUCGUAUACUAAAGGAGGCGACGACAUAGACGUACCGUUUGUACUAACUUUUCCUGAUGUAUUCCUUCCUCCUGUUAUUGCUGACGUGUUGCUGCAAUCUAUACUGCGGCACUGCCACAACCGUGGUCCGGAACAUUUUUUCAAGUGGCUGAACCCUUUCUUGGAUACUCAAAAAUGUUGUCUCACACGAGUUGUUCUUCCUCGUCUAUCAGAGCGCCUUGCCAGUCUUCUGUCUGAUGUAAUAAAUUUCAUUCUUUGCGGACUUGCAAAGCACACAUUAACGGAACUGAGCAUUGAUUCUAGCUGGAGGAUUAGUGCAUGCACUAUCUCAGAGAUGUCAAAAUAUCUGAAUACUUUUGCAUUGAAAAUACUGAAACUGAGAAAGAUGAAUCUCUCGUAUGCAUUUAGUGGUGGAUUUCCGUGUCUUGCUAGUCUUUGUGAGCUUCGCGUUUUGAACCUUAGCAGAACAAACAUUCUGGAAGCUGAUUUAAACGCGGCUCUUGGGAAUAUGAGAAGUUUGGAGGUUCUUGAAUUAGCACAAGUGCCCUUUGACAAUUUGGCUAUCUCACAUUUGUCUGGGACACUUCGCUAUCUCAAUUUACAAGACAUGGAUUCUCGAUUUUUACCACAUGCUUGUAGAACUCUCAAGAACAUGUGUGUACUUCAACAUCUUGAUGUGUCAUGUUACAAGGGUUCAGCAAGACACAUUCCCGAUGAACUAAUAGCUUCGAUGAUAUCGAUGCCAGCACUUCAGUCAGUUGAUCUGUCAUGUACUCUUGUCUAUCCAUAUCAGGCGGAAGUACUUGUUAACGCUAAAGGUGCAGAUUUGAAGUUUCUUGGUCUUGUGGGGACAUCUUGUGCUUCUGAGACUGACGUCUAUCCUGAUCACCUUACAGUAACUGGACUGUCAACAGUCAAGCAGGUUGUUGCCACUUUGCUGACUCAACAUUAUCAUAUUUUGGGGAAAUUUAUGUCUGAGUGUCUUCGAGAGAUGUUUGAGUAUUUGAAGAAUGGCAUGAUUAGCAGUGAUGAAUCAGACAUAGCUCAGACAGUUGUGUUGUUGAUGAAGAUGCAUGCAAACAAACAUUUCUUUGGACUUACAGCAAGUGCUUGCUUGAUUUACUUGUUUCCAGCUUUGUGGAGAGACAAUAAUCGACAUCAAACAAGGAACCUUCAGAGGUCUUGUGUAGACCAAAUUUUGUCAUUUUUAGAAUUACCAUAUAGUUCUUCUCUUUCUUUUGAACAACUGCAUACAAACUGCUACAUAUUUUUGUCAACUGCUUGUGAGAUGAUUUGUACAGAGAAAUAUGAACUGGAACGCAUUGCAGAGAUGAUUGUCUCAAAUGUCUCUCAGUAUGACUCAGUGUCUAUGCGUGUCAAUGCUCUUAGCAUUCUUCAUUCUUUCAUCUACAAACUUGAUACUAAUGGAAGAACUACCAUUGGAAAGACUGGAGUUUGCACACUGAUGAAGAAUAUUGUUAGUGAGAAGCGUGCAUUAAGAUUGGAGGAUGAUGAGCUGGAUCGUGCAUUGGGUAUAAUUUGUAGCUUCACAGAUGAGAAUGUUGCAAACUGCUCUCUUCUGGCAAGUGGCACGUUUGUUGAAGAUAUGCUCGCUCUGUUUUAUGUAUGUUUGGAUGAGGAUACUCGAUUGAGAAUUCAUGGUGGUUUGGGCAAUCUUCUGGAAGUUUCAUCAUGUCGAAUGUGUCUCAUGCGUGAUGAUUACUGCUCACAACUUGUAGACAUGUUACAGAAAGAAGAAACAUCAGUAGAACUUAAAUUUUAUUCGGCUCACGGUCUAGUAAACUUGGCCAUGGAGGGUGAGGAAAACUGGACUCUCAAUUGUAUAUCGUAUUGUGCUGCUCUGCAGUUGGUGGAACAUAAAAUACAAGAGUGGCCUAUACCCUGUGAUAUUGGUUGUGGUUACAGAACAUGUAAAUCUCUUUUGACAUUACUAGAGGAGUCAGAGGUUUCUGCCAUACAUCUUUACGCUCUCUGGACAAUAGCUAACUUGUGCUACUUUAAUGAUGAACGUUAUGUGCCAAUGUUGAUUGCUGAUCAAGGCAUUCCAAUUAUUAAGAAAUAUUUCAAGUUAAGCACUGACAUGAUGUGCAGUCAAGGAGUACCAUGGAAUUGUCAGAGUUUAGCUUUCAAAAUAUUGAGUGCUGUGGAGGACCCAUGCACUGCUUGAUUAAUUAAGUGAGGGACAAGGUUGCACACAGUAACAUGUGUGUGACAAACACAGUAACAUUUUAAUGCUUUUGGAUGUUUGCGUACGAGCCUUGGAUACGUUUAUAUGGUGUUCUAUAACGUACAUUAAGUGCAUCGAUAAGUGCUCUUGUUUACUCGAGCUUGAGGCCUUACAUAUCUACGUUUGCUGUUUUCUUGCUACACUAGCUGUAAAGAGAACUUGAUGUUACUCGAGGCUUGCAAUUGAUCAUGAGCUGACCAUGUGCAUAUGUCUGACCAUAAUAUUUGAAACUCUU